CUCGUAGCAGCAGCUCCGAGUCUUGCCUCUAGAUUACUGCGGACGUCACCGGGUCGAUCCAUCAGCCGCCUCGCAACCGUAGCCAUGGGCAAAGCAAACACAACGCAGAAGCUUGCCAAGCUACGGGCCCUGAUGAAGGAGCACAACGUCCAAGUAUACGUCGUGCCCUCCGAAGACAGCCACAGCUCCGAGUACAUUGCCGCAUGCGACGCUCGGCGAGAAUUCAUCAGCGGCUUCACGGGCUCUGCUGGUUGCGCAGUCAUCACGGAGACUGCUGCCGCUCUGGCGACGGACGGCCGUUACUUCAACCAGGCUACCCAGCAGCUGGACGACAACUGGACGCUGCUGAAGCAAGGGCUUCAGGACGUUCCCACGUGGCAAGAAUGGGCGGCUGAGCAGGCGGCCGGGGGCAAGACGGUUGCCGUGGACUCGACCUUGGUCACGGCCUCUAUAGCGAAGAAGCUUGCGGAGAAGAUUCGCAAAAGCGGCGGCUCCGACCUGGUGCCCCUCGACAUCAACCUGGUGGAUGCCGUUUGGGCCGAGGACAGGCCUGCGCGACCUCAGCAGCGCAUCACCGUGCUGUCUGACAAGUUCGCCGGCAAGUCCGUCCAGAGCAAGUUGUCCGACGUCUUCUCUGAGCUUGAGAAGAAGCGAUCGCCGGGACUUUUCAUUUCCAUGCUUGACGAGGUGGCGUGGCUAUUCAACCUCCGCGGUAGCGACAUUCCUUACAACCCAGUCUUCUUCUCAUACGCUGUGAUCACGCCAAAGGGAGCGGCCCUGUACGUUGACGAAUCAAAGCUGGACGAGGAGUGCAGGGAGCACUUGAACAAGUGCAAUGUGGCCAUCAAGCCAUACGAGAGCUUUUUUCGCGAUGCGGAACUUCACCACCAGCAGUUUGUUGCCUCCGCCCAGAGUGCAGAGGGGGCGAGCCCAUCAGGCAGCUUCCUCAUGUCGAACAAGGGUUCCUGGGCCUUGAAGAGGGCGCUGGGAGGAGACGGCGCAGUCGAGGAGAUCCGCAGCCCUGUUGGAGACGCCAAAGCCAUCAAGAACGAGACCGAAAUGGAGGGGAUGCGGGCGUGCCAUAUCAGAGACGGUGCCGCUCUGAUCGAGUACUUUGCCUGGCUUGAAGACCAGCUCAUCAACAAAAAGACUGUGCUGGACGAAGUACAAGCUGCCGAUAAACUGGAAGAAUUGCGAUCCAAGCACGAGCACUUUGUCGGCCUUUCAUUCCCAACCAUUUCAUCAACGGGUGCCAACGCGGCAGUUAUCCAUUACGGCCCCGAGCGUGGAAACUGCGCUGUUAUUGACCCCGAAGCCAUAUAUCUGUGUGAUUCAGGAGCACAGUACUUGGAUGGCACCACUGACACGACACGGACCUUGCACUUUGGAGAGCCAUCGGAGGCCGAGAGGGAAGCUUACACACUUGUUCUGAAAGGAAACAUAGCCCUGGACGUGGCCAUUUUCCCAAAGGGGACGACUGGCUUUGCUCUCGAUGCUCUGGCCAGGCAACAUCUCUGGAAAACCGGAUUGGACUACCGACAUGGCACUGGCCACGGCGUUGGAUCUUUCCUGAACGUCCACGAGGGCCCGAUCGGCAUCGGCACCCGAAUUCAGUACACCGAAGUCCCGUUGGCGCCUGGCAAUGUCAUCUCGAAUGAGCCGGGAUACUAUGAGGAUGGGCGCUUCGGCAUUCGAAUUGAGAACAUCGUCAUGGUCAAAGAGGUGAAGACGAAAUAUGCCUUUGGCGACAAGCCAUUCCUGGGAUUUGAGCAUGUGACAAUGGUCCCCUAUUGCAGGAACCUGAUCAACGAGAGCAUGCUUUCGGAGGCUGAAAAGACUUGGCUGAACACCUCCAACGCAGAGAUACUGGAGAAGACCAAGGGAUUCUUCGAGGGUGAUGCUCUCACGAUGGCCUGGCUGACACGGGAGACUCGGCCGAUCGAAUGA